UGAUAAUGUUGGUACCGGAAAUUGUUGGGCACCUCCGACAUUCACGCAAGAGCACUGCUGCAGCUUCUUCAAUACCGCGAUUGGGACUGGGGUUCCCCUAGUGGUUGAUGGUGGCGGAAGCAAACCGCAGUCAGCAAGCGGACCACGGAGCGGCCGUCGAAGAUCUUCUGGCAGAGUGGAAACUCAAAAAGACGGUGCCUCACCAACAUCAAAGACCGUAAAGCGUAUAUCGGGAUCACUAACAACGUCCUUUGUGCAUCCUCGCGGAAGGCUGCGUCAAUGCUUUCGUGGUUGCCCUCUUCAUUCGGUGAGUUUUCCGAGCCUGAAGGCCUUUGCAGGCUCGCAGGGUGAUGGUAUUGAGUUACGACCGUCUUCUCAUGACUACGAC